UGACAGCAACAAGCAAACAUCUCAUCUGCCUGGCACGACGACGUUAUGGUUUCGCUAGCUGCGUGUUUUUGUCCUAUUUUUGAUUAAUUUUCCGCAGUUGCACACAGCCACAUAUUAGCAUGUGCAAUUCGAGCUGUUUAAUAAGUAGCAAGACCGUUUGACACGCUUAAAAUAUCGAAACCAGCGAUUGUUUGGACUUUUUAAGAGGCCGUGCGUUCGCCCAGUCACUAUUUUUCAACGCUUUUUUUGUCCAUAUUUUUCCUCCUCUUUAUUAUACAACAGACUAUUGCUUACCACCUCGCUGGCAAGGCAUAUGAAAAUCUACGUUUUUAUAUAUAUAUUUAUAUUAGCAAGGAAUUUGGGUUGACUGUUGCUUGUUUUCCUAACGCUACCAGCACAGCAGCAGCAAAGCUGAAACAUAAUAACAAAAACCAACAUCACCAGCUGCUCAAACACACCUUUUUGUCAGAUAAUCUAAUCUGGCAACCAGUACCCUCAUCAGAUCUAUCUGACUGAGCUGUCAGUGUGGUAUUUUUGUCUAUACCUAUCAACGAUGCACAUUGGUCUCUAGUUAGGAGCUUUCGGUGCCAGACUAUUAGAGCCUAAAAGCUGACCAAGUGCCGAACUAAAGCUGUAAUCUAUAAAAGUCUUUAAACCUUUUUGAGUGUAGCCACUUACAUGGUUUCAGGAAGAGUUGCCCUGAUUUUGCAAAUCUGGAGGUUUUUGUUGUUGUGCGCGUUUUUUCCACGGUCGUGUUGCACUCACAUUUUUAACAUUUGACGUCCGUUAUCUAAUCUAAUAUGAGCAAGAGUAUUUAAUUUAGUUUUUUUUUCUUUUCUUUUCUUUUCUUUUUCUUUUUCUUUUUUUUUUUUUUAGGCAGCUGAGGGACAUUUUUAUUCCUUUUUUUUUUUUUUUUUACCAUCCAGCCAUUUGGAAACCAGCGUUAGAUAUCACGGCCGUGUUUAUUUAUUACAUUUUUCAAUACGCCAUUUUUGUACACAUUUUUGGUUUUUAAAUAUCAACAAGCUCCCAUUUCUAUAGAUUUCCCUCGCUGCCGUGCAUAAAAAGAUUUUAUAUAGUCGUCUGGCUGGAUUUUUUUACUGUCUAAAAGAGGAAGGAACGAAAGGCUGGUGCUUGUUUUUUCCUCUUUUAUUUCUGACACGGAUCGUCAUUUUUAAUCACAUAAAAUGUCGGCGAUUGAAAAACUGCAGAUGUUAAUCGAAGCAGCUGAAUAUCUUGAUCGAAGAGAACGAGAAGCGGAGCACGGCUACGCCUCUAUGUUACCAUUCACCAGCAACAAAGAGAGGGAUGGCUUAAAACGAAAAAUGAAAAGCAAGAAAAACUGCAGCAGCAGGUCAACACACAACGAGAUGGAAAAGAACAGGAGGGCACAUUUACGACUGUGUUUGGAACGCUUGAAAUCUCUGGUGCCCUUAGGACCAGACUCAAACAGGCACACAACCCUCAGCCUACUUAUGAGGGCUAAGGAACACAUCAAGAGGUUGGAGGAGAGUGAACGGAAGGCCCAGCACACUAUAGACCAUCUGCAGAGAGAACAAAGGCACCUGCGGAGACGUCUGGAGCAGCUUGGUGUGGAGCGCACACGUAUGGACAGCAUGGGCUCCACCAUCUUGUCGGACAAAUCCGACUCCGACCAAGAAGAGGAGGUGGAUGUUGAUGUGGAAGAAACAGACUAUCUGCUUGGAGAUCUAGAGUGGAGCACCAGUAGUGUAAGCGACUCAGACGAGCGAGGAAGCUUGCGCAGUAGCUGCAGCGAUGAAGGCUAUUCCAGUGCCAGUCUCCGUCGCCUCGCCAACCCUCAGGAGAAGAGCCCGACCCUGGGCUGCAGUCUAUAAGAGCACAGCCUCACCUCGGUUCUCAGUCACUCAUCUUUCACCACUUCAAUCUCCUGUCGGGUCCUCCUCUUAUACUUAAACAAUGUUUUCUCCUUUGUGACCGAUGAUCUUGUCAAAGACCAAAAUGGAAAACGGUCUUUAUCAACUUGCUCUGACAAAUUCAGGCUGUUGUGUGUGGUGUGAUGGAGUUUAGCCAAGUGGAGGAAGCACAUAGAAAGUAUUGGAGUUUGGAGGUGGCAUCCACCAACCAGACCUCAUUCAUGCAGCACUAAUUGGGAGAAGAGGCGCUGCCCUCACCACGCAGACCUUCUAUACUGAUCCUAACCAAUCCCCAUGCACCAUGUGUUUCCACUGACCAAUCAUCAGUGGUGGAGGCAGAAUAUGAGCCUGCCGUUGUCCAAUCAGAUAUUCCCACCCAUCUGCCUUCGCUCCCUCCCCUCCAUCCAAGCCAAUUACGGAGAGAGGCACUUGAUUGGGACAUUCCCUCCCCAAAGACCCUAAAAAUACCCUUAAAGACCUCAUAAGCCAGAUGAAGAAUGUGUACCAUACCACACCCACUGCCUAGUCAGUGUCACACUCUUUGGGACAAUCGCACCCAAGCGAUCCUUCAAUCAGACUGAACCGUCCAGUAGACACAGGGCUAGGUCAACUGACCAGUUACCUGACCUACCAGAGCAUGGUAUUUUGCACUUAGAUUACGCUAUUUGUAGGAGUUGCCUUUUUACACUCAUCUAAAGACAGUUUUGCCUCGUCCCACAUAGUAAUUAAGGACAGGAUUUGGGAAAGCUGCGAGAUCUGAGCAAAAGGGCUACUCCUACCAUACAGGCAAGGAUCGCUUCGUGUCAAGAUGUGCUGUCAUGUCGUUUCAUUUCAAACGUCUCUUUAAAGGGACAUGCAGCUAUUGUAGUGAUGUAUCAGGCGUAGUGCGUUAGCUAGUCUUAAAAGUAUCUACCUGCACUGUAUAAUAUCCGCCCACCACUCCUGUCACUGCACGGGGACAUGUUUUUUACACCGCGAAAAUUGUCUUAAUCAGUGUUUUUCCAGUAAAUGUAACUAAACAUCCUUAAAAAAAGAGAAGUUUUAUUGAGAAGCAAAAUUAUAUUUAAAGUCUUAAUUUCUGAGUAAUCUAACAACAUUUAGUAAGGUUUAUGUUAAAACAAUAAAUAAAAUAAAACUAUUUGCCAAUGGGGUAAGAAAAAAAAACUUCAAAGGGGAAAAAGUUAAUUUUUUUCUAACUCUGAUAGCUAAUUUUUUAUUAUUAUUAUUAUUAUUAUUGUUAUUAUUAUUAUUAUUAUUAUUUAGUUUUAAGCAUAAACCUCACUAAAUUUUGUUUGAGUUCUCUGAAAACAGGACAUAAUAGCUUAUGUUCUGGAUUCAAUACAGGUUAACCUUAAUCGACAGUAUUUGUGGCAUAAUUUUGAUUACAAAAAAAUGUGACAUCCUUUGUUUAUUAAAAAAAAAAGAAGCAAGAAUCAUGGGUUAUGUUCUUACAAUGUAAGUGGAAGGGGUCAAUCCAUAAACAUUACACACUGUUUCAAAAGUAUAGCCACAAGACGUAAACAUUAUAUGUUAACAUGAUUAUAGUGUAAUAAAAUCACUAAUCUGUGUGAAGUUAUAUCCAAUAUUACAACUUUGUCAUCUUGACUACAUAACACUGGUCAACCCUGUAAUCCGGUAAAUGCAGGAACGCCGGUAUUUUCAUGAUUUCUUUUUUUUUUUUUUUUAAACAUUAAAAUCAUAUCAGUCAAAUCAAACAGUGUGCAUUUUAACGUUUAUGGACUGGCCCAGUUCACUUCUUUUGUAAGUGCCUAACCUCAACCGCACAUUUUUGUAUUAUAUAUAUAUAUAUAUGUAUAUAUAUAUAUAUAUAUAUAUAUAUACAUAUAUAUAUAAAAAUUUUAUGAACGAGGGACAAAUCAAAUUCUUUUCUGUUUAUCAACAGCCGCAAAUGCUGUCAAUUGAGCAUAACUUGUAUAGAACCCAGAACAUUACUUUAACUCAUUUUGCUUCUCAAGUAAAUAUCUUGUUGGCAAGGAAGAAGAAAAAAAGUAACUUUUUUUUUUUUUUUUUUUUUUUUGCAGUGGAUACCCUGCAAGCACUCACAAUAUUUAUGCUGUGCAAAAUCAUCAGGGCGGUAGCAAUACACCCUUCAACUGGAUUUACUGGUGGAUACCUGACUAGCUAAACAAAAAAAAUUGAAAUCCUAAAUGAAAGGAGCUGUCUUUUUUGUUAUUGUUUUCAUUUUUUAAGCAUACGUUGUAUUUUUAGUGCCCUCUCUACCUGCCACCUUGAAUUUUACUACAACUGGGGGCGACACAACUGAAAACCUGUUUUCUUGUAGAAUUGUUUGCAGCAUGAGAUUCUUUGAAGGGUUUGUGGGUGGGGUUUAUGAGAUGGGGGUGGGGUUUAUGAGAUGGGGGUGGGGAGUGGAGACAGGGGAAAUCUGGAUCUCAGGUAUCUCUUCCUCUCUAAGGACAGUGGCGUUCUUUGUGUGUAUGCGUGUGUGAUGCAUCCUCUUGUUUAUUUUUGUUUUCUUUUUUUGUCUUGACUAUUUAGCCCCAGAAGUACAAGGGCGAUCCUACAAGCACAUUCCAUGAUAGAGCAGAGCAAUGGAGGUAGUGUUAUUGCAAGGACUGUAGACACUGAUAGAAAGGUCUAAGGCUUCAGAUUACCUAUGAGUGAUGGACCCUCUGUGCUUCUGCACCAUCAGACUCAUUGUAAGAGUGUAUGUGUGUGUGCACUUUGUUCCUCUGUGGCUGCAGCAUUGCAGUUUUACUUCUGCACCCAGCUAUUUACCAUUUCAGCUAAAUGUAGUCAUGAUAUGUAUAUAGCUAACAGAAAAAAAGAGAGAUAUUUACCUUAUAUGUACUGUACGUAAAUUGACAAAGUAUUUAUAUUUGAUCGACAUAUAUGUUCAAACAUAGACUAUACUGUAUAUAUGAGAAUAUAUUUAAGAAGUAAUUGCCUUAGUUGCUUUUGUUCUCCCUAUUGUUAGUUUCAAUGUGUAGUUUGAUUUGCACUCUAUAUAGAUACGUAUAAAUAUAUAUAAAUAUAUAUAUACUAAUGUUUUACACAUCCUGGUGCUCGCAGAGCCAAAAACCUUUCAUUAUAUUUUUCCUGCGCAAAAGUGAAAAUAUGUUGACAAAAAAAAAAAAACAACAAAAGAACAAACUGAAAAAAAUUAAUGAAUCGUAAGUAUUUGUUAGUGUUGGUGCCAAUGCGAUUGUGGAAAGUUGGAAUGAAAAUGAUAGCUUGUUAAUAUCGUGCCUAGGGAGAACGGAAUUUGUUCCUAUAACACUAGUGAUUAAAAAGGGGUUUCUUUGCGGGUUUCUGUAAAGGAUUUGUAUGUUUGAAUGGAGUGUCAAAUUUUCCAUCACUGUGGCCUUACAAGCCAACAUCAAAAAAGAGAGUUAUGAAUAUAGAAUAUAGAAACGGAACAAAAAAUAGGAUUGUUCAUUUUUAACAUGCUGCUGUUGGGUAGUUUUGAAAAUGAAAACAAAAUCCCCAAAAAGACUUGUGUGAGCUGUAGCCAUGAGAGCAUUAGAGCACAGUGUAUUAUGGAAAUUAGGGUGGGGUUGGAUAGGGUGGUGUGUACAUAUACAUGCUUGUUUGUGAUGCCACUGUCCACAGACAGAGAGAAAGGGUUAAAUUUUCUUUAGUUUUAAUCUUGGGAGGGCAGGGAGUUCAGGCUGUAUGCCUUUUUGCAUUGAUAUGCUUCUUUUGUCACCCCCCCCCCCCCCACCAACUUUCAGAGUCUGUGUUUUACUCCUCUUACGUCGUCUUCUGUGAACACCGUCUACGGGACACAGCUACCGUGUUAUGCUACGAAUGUUAUGUGAAAGACUAUGGUGCUGUCACACACCGAUGUGAAUUCCUGCUAUAACACGAACCCUUACUUUCUCCUGGCACGGCGCUUAUCACAGUCAAUGAUGUCACCACGGGGUACUUUGAUUUGUAUAUAUGGGUUAUGUACCGUACAUUGAGUACAAAGCGGCUAAAGCCUUAAGACAUACAAAUGUGUGGAAACCACAGAUGUUAUCAGAAACUGACUGCAAACAUGGUCUGCUGACGAGACCCCAUCGCCAGUCAUACCCAUUGAUCGUGACUGCGUCUCAGGUGGUUCACACCUUUCCAAAUAUACAUUAACAUACACAUGCACACAUAUUCAUCCUCGAACACAUACUGCCUCUUGUAAGCUAAACAGAAGCGGUUAAUGUCUGUUUUACAUCCAAUCUGAAAUGGACAUUUCUAUGCUGUUACUUUUUAAAACUUGGGCUACAUUGAUGUUGACUGCUAAAUGUGUGGUUUAAAGGAAUGAACUUAAAAUAAAAAAAUAAAAAAAAACUGAAAAACUUA